CUCCUUUCACUUACUUUGAACGGCGAGGGAGAGUUGUGUGUACUUGAGGACACGUCCGCUGGGUUCAUUAAUAAUAGAUAGACAGUCUGCUGUCAUGGCGGAGGAUGCGGCUUGCCCCGCUUUUCAGCUCGGGGGGUCUCGCUACGAUCAGGGUUCGUUUCUUGGCCGUCUGAGACACUUUGUGGACAUCAUUGACCCAAGCACAUUGUUCGUGUCGGAGACGCGUCUUAAAGAGAGCAUCAAACUCCUGGACGACUUUAAACAUGGAACGCUUCCAACAGGAGUCUCUGAUCUUCAGCUGUGGGAGGCCCAAAAGGUCAAGCAGGCCAUCAUUCAUCCCGACACAGGCGACAAGAUCUUCAUGCCGUUCCGAAUGUCAGGUUACGUACCUUUCGGAACGCCCAUUGUCAUUGGCCUCCUCCUGCCCAAUCAGACAGUGGUGUCCACCAUUAUAUGGCAGUGGCUGAAUCAGAGUCACAAUGCUUGUGUCAACUACGCCAACCGCAACGCUACCAAGCCAACGCCAACCUCCAGGUUCCUUCAAGGUUAUUUUGGAGCUGUGACCAGUGCUGUGUCUAUUGCAGUGGGACUGAAAGUUUUGAUUGAGAAAGCCAACAAGCUGAGUCCUGCCACCAGAAUGGUCAUCCAGCGAUUUGUCCCUUUUCCAGCAGUUGCGAGUGCAAACAUUUGCAACGUGGCCCUGAUGAGACACAACGAGCUGUCCGAAGGCAUCGACGUGCUCGACACCAAUGGCGACGUGGUGGGCUCCUCCAAAAUUGCCGCCAGACACGCCAUUGCAGAGACGGCCUUCACACGUGUGGUCCUCCCAAUGCCCAUCUUUGUGCUGCCCCCCAUCGUCAUGUCCUACCUAGAAGGGCUGCGCUUUCUGCAGAAGCAGCGCAGGCUGAUGCUGCCCGUCCACAGCCUGGUGUGUCUGCUUACGUUCGGCCUCUCUCUGCCUGUGGCCAUCAGCCUCUUCCCACAGAUGUCACAGAUUGAGGUGUCUCGCCUGGAGCCUGAGAUCGCCAUGGCAACAGAUUGCAAGGUGGUGACCUACAACAAAGGUUUAUGAUGGAUGGCGCCCGACGCGCUCAGGGAGGAGAGAAGAUGGGAGGAAACCAGACGAGCGUUCAUCUCGCUUUGGGAUUUUUAAAAAUUCUUCCUACCAUCCUAACAGUGUUUUAAACACAGUCUUUUAACAAUUAUUUACAGUUUUUAAGAGCAUGAGCAUAAAUAUAAUAAGAUAUUAAAAGUGUAUUUUACAGUACCGUGGAAAUACAGUACACUCUAAACCUGCAAUAACAGUGUUUGCCACAAGAGGGCAACACAAAUACUCUUGUAAGACAAACAGUAACGUACUGUAUUUCCCCCCCAAAAAAACAAGAAUAGAUGCCAAAAGUUUGCAAUUUGAAUAUAUGUAUAUUACUUUUAUCUGCAAAACUAAAAAAUAAUGAUAUUGUUUUUUGGAAAAAAUACAUGUAAAUAUAAAUAAUAAUAACAUAUUAGUAUUUUCAUAAUGUUUUAUAAUGUUGUUUUUAAUUUAAUGAAAAUUUUAACAAAAAAUGUAUUUAGGGUUGUUUUAAUAACUUCAGCUGUAAAAGCUUCUAAAAUAAUAAUUUGUAACAUUUAAUAUAAACUUGUUAUAGAAUACAUGUACUAAUACUUUAUUAAAAUUACUAUAUUCUAGUACAUAAUAAUAAUAUAUGUACAUUUGGUCAGCCAAAUCACAUUUUUAGACAGAAGAUUUCUUUAUUGGAAGUAUUAACGCUCCUGUUGAACAAUAAAAUGAGCCCGCUUGAAAACGGGGAAAGGAAUAGACAGCUUGCGAGUGCAGUUGGCUGAUAAAUCUUCCCUCCGAGCAACACUUUCGUAAUGAAAAACUUGCUAAAACUGUUGCUGCGGUAUAGAACUUGGUGAGAGCUGCUUUACUGAGCAUCAGUGAAUUCUUAGACGUCAGCUGCCAUAUAAAACGGUGCUAUUGUUGUAAUUAUUGUUGUUGUGUAGGUUUGCAUUACGUUUUACUGAGUUGUAAAAUGUUUUCAAACCAUUUGUACUCCUCAAGAAUUGUAUUUUUAUUUUAGUUGGAUGACAUUUUUAAUGACCCUGUUUUAGUUAGACAAGAUGCUGGUUAUCUAUUUAAACUGUGAGAAGCACUGCAGUAAAUAAUAAUAUAUUCAUACAAUAAAAAAUAUUCUUCAACGUAGUCAUAACACAUGCAUGAGAACGUUGCCAAUGUGAAAAUGUGGAGACUCUACUGUAUUUUUUUUUCUGUUUUUGAAUUGCUUCACUGGCAUUAUUUUAGUAUUUUAACACCAACGAUGUAAAACUUUUCCUUUUUCGCAAGCAGAUUGGAAGUAGCGAUGGAAAUUUUUUCUCGCUUUUGGAUCGGCUCACUAAAAACAGCCGUCUUUUGGCUCCCAAGUGGCUCCUCAGAUUGUUUUUGCUAUUAAAUUAAUUUAUUACCAAACAAUGUGUUCUGUGUAAAAUGAAUUACCAAUGUAAAAAAAAAAACAUGAUAUCAAAUGUUUAUCAUUUAAAUGGAUUUAUUCAAACCUCAAUGAACAGCUACAAAAAUGUAAUAUAAUGUUAUAUUAUAAAAACAAAGACCCAUCUCAAUAGACAAAUUCAGUCAAAAUAGGUCAAAUCGCUUCAUGCAAAUUUCUCACGAACGACUCGGCUGUAAGAGAACCACCCCGCCCCUCCCCCUGCUCGGUGUGGCCACAGCGCCGCCGCCACACGUCUUGACCAAUGACAUUCGCCUUUAACAACAAAAAAAAAAAAACGAGAAAAAACUAUUCGGCACCCAACGACGCGAACCGGCUUCUGUCGUUCAUUUAGUUAUUUUGCACAGUUUUAUUAGAAAAUUGUAUAUGAGUGUACCUAUAUGAAAUGAGUAUAUGAACUGUUUUUAAAUAUUUGUAUAAUCCACUAAAAGGUUUAUUGUAUAAUCCACUAAAAGGUUU